AUGGAAAUUAAGGUUAUGGAUGCUCUUUCCAGGAAAACAGAGAAGGUCAAAGUGCGAAGCUGCAUUUUUGAUGUCACUGGCUUGCUCUUAGAUAUCAUUAAGACCAGAGACUCAAUGAUCUCUAUCACUGUUCGCAAGCACUUGGCUGACAAACUAAGUCCUGUAUUUGUGAUGUUUCACCAUAUGCAUGGUGUUUCACCUCAAGGGUCUGAUCAAAAACAAGGGGGAGAAGGUGGAUCUGGAAAAGUUGAACCUUUGAAAGUCCCAGCUAAGCCCAUUGUCAAGAAAGAACCUAAGACCAAAGAAAAGUUAAUUGAAGAAGAGCCCAUAAUUGAUGAUGAUGAAGACGAUGACCCUGAUGAAGCUGAACUUAAAAGGCGAAAGGCUCGUGAUGCUGAAUUGAAUAAAACUCAACGAAUCAUCAAGGAGGCUUAG